CCUCGCUCGAGGGGAAAUCGUCGAGCUCCAACCCAUUCUCGAUCUCGAUAAUCAUCCCCUUGUUGACAGUGUCGACCACACUUGAUCUGGUAAAUAGAUACAAGUCAUCUGCCCAAAUCCUAGACCCACCUUCCUUGACGAUACAAAAGAACUCCGGAUCACAGUUCCUUCCCUCAUUCCUUAGACCUUGAUUUAGCUACGCGCCAUCUCCCGCAAACCCGACCCCUUGAAACCGCUCAGAAAAACAAACAAAACAACCGAUCAAAUCCAUUCAAGAUGUCUGACCGAAACAUGGAACUGCGAAGGGCCAACUACAAGCAGAAAUCUCAGUUCAAUGCUGCUGACUUGCGUCGUCGUCGUGAGGAGCAGCAGGUGGAGCUUCGAAAGCAGAAGCGAGAAGAGAACGCUGCUAAAAGGCGUCAAUUCACCUCUGCGGACGAUACCGAUGUUGAGAGCGAGGACGAGAUGAGCGGAACCGAAAGGUUGCCGCAAUUGGUCGAGGACGUAAUGUCCGCUGAUAUCGACCGACAAAUCCAAGCUACGACGCAGUUCAGGAAGAUGCUGUCAAAAGAGAAGAACCCUCCUAUCGACCAGGUCAUUCAAUGCCGGGUUGUGGACCGAUUCGUCUCGUUCCUGGCCAACGAAAACAACAUGCUCCAGUUUGAAGCCGCUUGGGCGUUGACCAACAUCGCCUCGGGAACUUCUGAGCACACCCAGGUCGUGAUCAACGCUGGAGCAGUACCAUACUUCAUCCAGCUUCUGAGCGCUAACAACUCGGACGUCAGGGAGCAGGCUGUUUGGGCUCUUGGAAACAUCGCUGGUGACUCGCCCAAGUACCGAGAUUACUGUCUGAACGAGGGUGCUCUUCCUCCUCUUCUCGCCUUGUUGAACGAGAAUCACAAGCUGUCCAUGUUGCGAAAUGCCACCUGGACGCUUUCCAACUUCUGCCGUGGAAAGGCCCCUCAGCCCGACUGGAGCUUGAUCUCUCCGGCUCUGACUGUCCUCACCAAGCUCAUCUACUCCCUGGAUGACGAGGUCCUGAUCGAUGCUUGUUGGGCUCUGUCGUAUCUUUCUGAUGGCACCAACGACAAGAUCCAGGCCGUUAUCGAGAGUGGUGUCUGCAGGCGAUUGGUCGACCUUUUGAUGCACAACUCGACCUCUGUCCAGACUCCCGCCCUCCGAUCGGUUGGUAACAUUGUUACCGGAGAUGACCUGCAGACCCAGGUCGUCAUUGCCGCCGGUGCCCUCCCAGCUCUGUUGGCCUUGCUGUCUUCGCCUAAGGACGGUAUCAGGAAAGAAGCCUGUUGGACCAUCUCGAACGUUACCGCCGGUAGCCCAAUGCAAAUUCAGGCCAUUAUCGAUGCCAACAUCAUGCCUCCCCUCAUCAACCUGCUGCAAAACGCCGACUUCAAGACCAAGAAGGAGGCUUGUUGGGCCAUCUCAAACGCUACUUCGGGAGCUUUGGCUGAGCCCUCACAAAUCAGGUACAUGGUACAGCAGGGUGUGAUCAAGCCCUUGUGCGACCUCCUGAAGUCGAUGGACAACAAGAUCAUCCAGGUUGCCCUUGAUGGACUUGACAACAUCUUGAAGAUUGGUGAGAUGGACAAGGAUGCCAACGGUGCUGGAGCUUUCAACCAGUACGCCGUCUACAUUGAGGAGGCUGGUGGCAUGGUCGCCAUUCACAACCUGCAACAUCACGAGAACCUGGACAUCUACAAGAAGUGCUUCUACAUCAUGGACAAGUACUUCCCCGAAGACGAGGAGGAGGAAGCUGCUGACGAGAGCGCUCCUGCCGUUGAUGCGUCAGGCCAAUACGCCUUCAACUCGGAUCUCGCAGCACCGCAAGGUGGAUUCGCUUUCGGCCAAUAAGCAUUUCCCUGGGCUCCAUAUACCAUCGGUCCAACAACCCCCUCCCCCCGUCUUACCCCUUCCUUGCCGGCUUUGAUCCCGGAAACCGCAAUUAGAACCUCGAUAUCAACGCCCACUGCAUAGUUAAUCCCCACCAACAACGACCGAUCGAGAUCCUCAAGGGAUGUCUUCGAUUCAGGGUCAAAUCGUUUUCCAGGUCACCCAGCUUAUGGCCUUUCUACUUCAUAACGACUACCGCACCACCUUUUGCGUCUGUACAUGAAUUCUUCCGGGGUUUAGCAUUGCUCGAGCAGUCUGUGCAGUUCUUUCAUGGCGAUAACAUGCUGUAGCCAUUGUACCAAUGCAUCUCAUUCGAUCUGCUCCUGGAUCAGAUCGAUCCAGUCUUUUUGC